GCCUGUUGACGCGCCCGAGGAAGCAUCGCUGAAGGCUCUCGUUUCCCUGCCGUCAUGUCUAAGUCAGAGUCUCCCAAAGAGCCGGAACAGCUGCGGAAGCUCUUCAUUGGAGGGCUGAGCUUCGAAACGACCGACGAGAGCCUGAGAAGCCAUUUUGAGCAAUGGGGAACACUCACGGACUGCGUGGUAAUGAGAGAUCCAAACACCAAGCGAUCCAGGGGCUUUGGGUUCGUCACAUACGCCACUGUGGAGGAAGUGGAUGCUGCUAUGAAUGCAAGACCACACAAGGUGGAUGGAAGAGUUGUGGAACCUAAGAGAGCCGUGUCGAGAGAAGAUUCUCAGAGACCGGGUGCCCACUUAACUGUGAAAAAGAUCUUUGUUGGUGGUAUUAAAGAAGACACUGAAGAACAUCACCUGCGAGAUUAUUUUGAGCAGUAUGGAAAGAUUGAAGUGAUUGAGAUCAUGACUGACAGAGGCAGUGGAAAAAAGAGAGGGUUUGCUUUUGUCACUUUUGAUGACCACGACUCUGUGGACAAGAUUGUUAUUCAGAAAUACCAUACUGUGAAUGGCCACAACUGUGAAGUCAGAAAAGCCCUGUCAAAGCAGGAGAUGGCUAGUGCUUCAUCCAGCCAAAGAGGUCGAAGUGGUUCCGGAAACUUUGGUGGUGGUCGUGGAGGCGGUUUUGGUGGCAAUGACAAUUUUGGUCGAGGGGGGAACUUCAGUGGUCGUGGUGGCUUCGGUGGCAGCCGUGGUGGUGGUGGAUAUGGUGGCAGUGGGGAUGGCUAUAAUGGAUUUGGUAAUGAUGGAAGCAAUUUUGGAGGUGGUGGAAGCUACAAUGAUUUUGGCAAUUAUAACAAUCAGUCUUCAAAUUUUGGACCAAUGAAGGGAGGAAACUUUGGAGGCAGAAGUUCUGGCCCUUAUGGUGGUGGUGGCCAGUACUUCGCUAAACCACGAAACCAAGGUGGCUAUGGUGGUUCCAGCAGCAGCAGCUAUGGCAGUGGCAGGAGGUUCUAAUUACAGCCAGGAAACAAAGCUUAGCAGGAGAGGAGAGCCAGAGAAGUGACAGGGAAGCUACAGGUUACAGCAGAUUUGUGAACUCAGCCAAGCACAGUGGUGGCAGGGCCUAGCUGCUACAAAGAAGACAUGUUUUAGACAAUACUCAUGUGUAUGGGCAAAAAACUCCAGGACUGUAUUUGUGACUAAUUGUAUAACAGGUUAUUUUAGUUUCUGUUCUGUGGAAAGUGUAAAGCAUUCCAACAAAGGGUUUUACUGUAGACCUUUUUUCAUGCUGUUGAUUGCUAAAUGUAAUAGUCUGAUCAUGACGCUGAAUAAAUGUGUCUUUUUUUUCUUUUUUUUUCUUUUUUCUUUUUUUCUUUUUUUUUCUUUUUAAAUGUGCUGUGUAAAGUUAGUCUACUCUGAAGCCAUCUUGGUAAACCUCCCCAACAGUGUGAAGUUAGAAUUCCUUCAGGGUGGUGCCAAGUUCCAUUUGGAAUUUAUUUAUAAUUGCUUGGGUGGAGAAGGCAUUGUCUUCAAAAACCUUGGUGUAGUUAAACUGCCAGUUACUGUUGUGACUUUAAUGAGUUUUACCAUUGAAAGGGUCAUCCAAGCAAAGUCACAGUUUGGUUACAAUAAAAUGGUUGUGGGCACACCCUAUGCAACAUCAAAAUUGAAUAAUGGUAUCAGAUAAAAUAACAGAUGGGAAUGAAGCUUGUGUAUCAUCCAUUAUCAUGUGUAAUCAAUAAACGAUUUAAUUCUC